AACUUGUCAUUUUCGCAACCCUCGCCCCUCUCAAACCUAAAUUCUCAAAUUCUCAAACCCUUUUGUCAUUUCCAGCAAUCCGCAAAAUGUCCAACAUUGUCGUAGUCGACAACGGUGGUGGCCUCAUUAAAGCCGGCCUAGGCGGCGAACGCAACCCCGCCGUCGUUAUCCCCAACUGCCUCUACCGCCCUCUUUCCUCCAAGAAGUUCCUCCACCCCACCACCACCUUCUCCUCCUCCACCGAAGAUCUCACCUCCGCCGCCAUACGCCGUCCCAUCGACCGCGGCUACCUCAUCAACCCCGACCUCCAACGCGACAUCUGGUCCCACCUAUUCAACUCUGUCCUCCACGUCACCCCUUCCAAUUCCUCCCUCCUCUUGACCGAACCUCUCUUUACACUCACUUCCAUCCAACGCACCACCGACGAACUCGUCUUCGAGGACUUCGGCUUCAGCUCUCUCGUCGUCGCCGAUUCGCCUUCCCUCGUUCACCUCUACGAGACCAGCCGCCGUCCAUACGGGCUGGUCUCGCAGGCGCAGUGUAGUUUGGUGGUGGAUUGCGGGUUCUCGUUCACGCAUGUGGCGCCUGUGUUUCAGAACUAUACGUUGAAUUAUGGGGUGAAGAGAAUCGAUUUGGGUGGGAAAGCUUUGACUAAUUACCUCAAGGAAUUGGUUUCGUAUCGGGCGAUUAAUGUCAUGGAUGAGACUUUACUAAUGGACGAUGUUAAAGAGAAACUUUGCUUCGUCUCUCUUGAUGUUGAAAGAGAUCUCCAGAUUGCCAGGUAAAGGGGAAAAGACAAUAUUUUUAGAUGUACUUAUGUCUUGCCUGAUGGGGUUACUCACACGAAGGGUUUUGUUAAAGACCCCGAAGUGGCAAAGAGGCAUCUUGCUUUGACAGAUGGGGCCUCUCCUUCAGAAGCUGCAGAAACAAAGAAAGAAUCAGAUCAAUUGGAGGUUACGGAUAGAAUGUCGGAGAGGAAGAGACUGGAUCUAACUAAAAAUGAAUUUGACUUAACGAAUGAACGUUUUCUUGUUCCGGAGAUGAUCUUCCAACCUGCAGAUUUGGGAAUGAAUGAGGCUGGACUAGCAGAAUGCAUUGUUCGAGCCGUCAAUGCUUGCCAUCAUUAUCUCCAUCCUGUACUUUACCAAAGCAUAAUAUUGACUGGUGGCAGCACAUUGUUUCCUAGAUUUGUUGAGAGACUGGAAAAGGAUCUCCGCCCUCUAGUUCCAGAUGACUAUCAAAUCAACAUAACAACUCAAGAAGAUCCAAUUCUAGGUGUGUGGCGAGGGGGCUCACUUUUGGCAUCCAGUCCCGACUACGAAUCAAUGCGUAUCACCAAGGCAGAAUAUGAGGAGCUAGGGUCUGCACGAUGUCGGAGGAGAUUCUUUCGUUGAAUACUCAAGAUCUUCAAGGUAUUUUAUGGAUAUCAUCUGCUCUUAUGAACUGCAAACGAA